AGGACAAAACCAAGAGCGUUGAGAGAUACACACUCACCUAAAGUAUUUUGUCUUCAUUUUCUAGUGAGCGUUAGAGAGAUUUUUCUUUGUGGUUCUGGUUGUGUUCAUCAUCUUCAUCUUCUUUUCCCCCCUCUGUUACACCCCGCUUCUCUGAAUCCCUUUCUGUUAAUCAUCUGUCUUUCAAGUUAAUGAUUUUUGGGUUUGUCUUUUAACUGAAACCAAGAAGCAAACUUAGAAAGGAUUUAAUUUCUCGAAAGCCAGGUGUUUUCAGAAUCGAGAUCCAGGCUUAGUUAUUUUUCUUAUUUUUGUUUCUCUGAAAUCAGCAAAGAGGGUUGUUUUUGAUCCCUCAAAGCUAAUUUUAUUUUUAAUUUCCCGGAUUUGAAGAGGUUGUCUAUUUAAAAUCUCUUCCAUCCUUUUUUUUAAUCAUCUUUGUAGAAAACAUUUCUUUCUUCUUUUGUUUUUUUUCUGUUAUUAUUUCUGUUGUUGUUGUUGUUAUUAUCACCACCUGUUGUUCAGUUUUUAUACAGAGACGCAGGUUUAAGUAAGUAAAAGAAAAAAGAUUAUGGCAGCAAUGAUGGAUUUCUACAGCAACACACAGCUUCAGUACUCAGAUCCCUUUAGAGGUAGUGAGUUAAUGGAAGUUCUUGAACCUUUUAUUAAGAGUUCUUCCACAACACCCUCACCUUCACCUUCAACUUCUCCUUCUCCUCCUUCUUCAACUUCAUCUCCUUCUACCUCUUACCCUUCUUCUUUCUACUUCCAAUCUUCUUCUCCUUCUCCUUGUCUCCCUCCCCAACAACCCUGUUUCUUGUCCAACGGUUUACCCAUGACCCAAAACUUGUUGGGAUUCGGGACACAACCAACUUCAACUACUUCAACAACUUCUCUUCUUGGACUGAACCACCUAACCCCGUCACAGAUCAAUCAGAUCCAGGCCCAAAUACAGAUCCAGGCCCAACCAUGGCAAACACAGCACCUCAACUCCUGUGUUAGCUUCCUUGGGCCGAAGCCCAUCCCGAUGAAGCACGUGGGGUCAACAGCUUCAAAGCCCACGAAGCUUUACAGAGGGGUGAGGCAGAGGCACUGGGGAAAGUGGGUGGCUGAGAUCAGACUCCCCAAGAACCGUACAAGGCUCUGGCUCGGAACCUUCGACACCGCAGAAGAGGCUGCUUUGGCUUACGACAAAGCCGCUUACAAGCUCCGCGGCGACUUUGCCAGACUCAACUUCCCUAACCUCCGUCACAACGGCUCCUCCGUCGGCGGUGACUUCGGCGAGUACAAGCCGCUUCACUCCUCUGUCGACGCAAAGCUUCAGGCCAUAUGCGAAGGCCUCGCGGAGAUGCAGAAGCAGGGAAAGACGGAGAAGACGAAGCGGUCCAAAGCAGGCGCUGCUGGUUCCAAAGCUGCGGUUUCUAAGCCGGCGGCGGAGGACGUGAAGGCUUGUUGCAAGGUGGAAGAAGAAGCCGCAGCGUCGCCGCCCGAGAGCGAUGGUGGUUCGUCGGAGGAUUCUUCGCCGCUGUCAGAUCUGACGUUUGGUGAUGUUGAUGACGUUGGUGAUAAUUUUAAUCUUCAGAAGUUCCCUUCGUAUGAGAUUGAUUGGGAUUCUCUGUGAAUUUGCUAAUAAGGCCGUUGUUGAUGCAUGCAUAAAUAGUAAUCUAGUUGUAGAGGGUGCCGCUGCAAUGGAAUUUUUGACACUUGCAGGGCUACUCCCCUUAGGUUAUGCUCUAUUUUAUUUUAUUUUAUUUUUAGGCCCUUCCAUAGAUCUCAUUAUUCUGUUCAUAUGCUGUAGAAAUCUCUAUCCUUGGUCACAGCUUGUUUUUUUCUUGCUGCUUGACCUGGCUUUUAUUACUUUAUUAUUAUGUAAGUUUAUUUUCUCUGUAAUUCCAUUCUCCCUUGUAUCAAGCUUAUUGUACUACUCA